AUGAAAGUAUGAAACUGAUUUAACAAUUACUAUAGACUUCAGUUAGUUCACUACACGCACACUGGAAACCCUCGCCGCCUGCACCAUUACCACCAUGUCUGCAGCAAAAACCCUUCUCUUCAGCCCCUCAAUCCUCAAAUCCCCAACCCCCAAAUCCCCCAAACCCUCAAGAUUCACCCCCACACGUAUCCGAUCAUCAUCAUCGUCAUCUCAACAAACACUAACUCAAACCCUCUCAACAACUCCCGCCAAAACCCGGGUCAAAAUCCUCUCAGAAGCCCUCCCAUUCAUCCAAAGGUUCCGCGGCAAAACCGUAGUCGUCAAAUACGGCGGCGCCGCCAUGAAAUCAGAAGCCCUGCAAGCAUCUGUAAUAGCCGAUCUUGUUCUACUCUCCUGCAUUGGCCUCCGUAUUGUUUUUGUUCACGGCGGAGGCCCCGAGAUUAACCAGUGGCUGAACCGGCUGGGGAUUCAAUCAAGCUUUUUAAACGGGUUGAGGGUUACUGAUGCUUCAACGAUGGAGAUUGUGUCGAUGGUUUUGGUGGGUAAGGUGAAUAAGCAUUUGGUUGGGUUGAUUAAUAAAGCGGGUGCGACUGCGGUCGGGUUGUGUGGAACGGAUGGGCGGAUAUUCACGGCUGUGCCGUCACCGAAUGCGGAUCAGUUGGGGUUUGUUGGAGAAAUUGCGAGUGUGGAUACGUCGGUGUUGGAACCGUUGGUGAAGGACGGGUAUAUACCGGUUAUUGCUUCGGUGGCAGCGGAUGGGACAGGGCAGAGUUAUAACAUUAAUGCGGAUACGGCUGCAGGGGAGCUGGCGGCGGCGUUAGGGGCGGAGAAGUUGUUGUUGUUGACGGACGUGGCGGGGAUAUUGGAGGAUAAGGAUGAUCCGGGGAGUUUGGUUAAGGAGAUUGAUUUGGGUGGGGUGAGGAGGAUGAUGGAUGAUGGGAAGAUUGCGGGUGGGAUGAUUCCGAAGGUGAGUUGUUGUGUGAAGGCGUUGGGGAAAGGGGUGAAGACUGCGAGUAUUAUUGAUGGGCGGUUGGAUCAUUCGUUGUUGUUGGAGGUUCUUACGGAUGAAGGGGCUGGGACGAUGAUUACCGGGUAACGCUUUGGUGUUUGUUUACGGGAGUCGAUGUAGGUUUGAAGUUUGUUGACAAAUGGUUUGGUAAAUUAAUAAAGUUGUAGUUUUGAUUAUUGUUAUUAUGGUUGUAGAUGCUCAUUUGUUGCUAUUUUCUAGUUUGUAUC